CUCAUGUCUCCCACCCCCUAGGAGUGGAGGCUGCAUCUGGAAGCCAUGCUGCUGAUGUGUGAGCCAGAAUCAAACCAAGCUCCCUCUCCAGAGCCCUGUUGGCUCGGCGGGGCUGGCCGCACCAAGGACUUUUAGAAAAGCUAUUUUAGUCCGGAAAGCCGGCAGCUCGGCCUUGCGGCACAUGGAGAAGCAAACGCCAGCUCGGGGGCCUGGCAAAGCAGCAAGUUCUCUGCGCACAGUCAGUGCUCACUCUCGGGAGGGAAAGGGAGAGCAGGAGAGAGGGCUGAGAGGAGGCCAGGGUGCAGCCAGCAGGGCCAGAAGAUGUCAGUGGCGCUCUGAGGAGAUCUGCUUCGCUCCCUCCGCCGCAAGGAUUCGAAAUCCUCCCCCUGCUCCGGAAUAAAUCUUCCCUGACGAUCGAGAAGUUGGAGCGAACGCCAGCCAGGAACAGCUCUGUGGGACUGCUGGCGUGUCCUGCUGACGCGUGCGUCCUCUCGCGGCAUCCCCCACCCGGGAUCUCACGCUCCCCAAAUUGCAGACAUGGUCCUGAAGCCGGCGCCCCGUCUGAACUGCAACUAAUCCCACAAGCACCUCAGUUCUUUGGCAGAGGCAGCAGCAUUGGUCCCUGACCCGCCUGGGGGCACCAUGUUGGGAGCCUGGGUCUCUGCUCUCUGCCUAGCUGGCCUCCUUGGCACCUGUACAGGAGCGAAGCUCCUUGCAUCCAAAGCAGGCGAGCGAUGUCCACGUCUGCAGCAGGAGGGGCUGAAGCUAGACCUGGCCAGUGACAAGCAUGUCAAUAUAACUGGUUUUAAUCUUAUUAAGCGGUUUGCUCUUCUGAAGACCUCGUCUGUAAAGAAAAUCCGCAAUCCCAAAGGGCCCCUGAUCCUCCGGCUGGGCAGCACACCCCUGGUCCAACCCACGCAACAGGUGUUCCCCCGCGGCUUGCCUGAUGAGUUCACCCUGGUGAUCACUUUGCUCCUGAAGAAACAGAGCAGCAAGGAGAACUGGUACCUUUUCCAGGUCACCGACCGGCAGGGCUACCCCCAGCUCUCCCUGGGGGUCAACGGCCAAGAGAGGAGCCUGGAGUUCCAGGCCUGGGCCCAGGAGAAGAAGUUUGUGAGCAGCGUCUUCACCGGGAAGGGGGUUUCCUCCCUGUUUGACCAGCAGUGGCACAAGAUGGCCCUGAGCGUGCAGAGCCGGCGGGUCUCCGUCCACGUGGACUGCAACUACAUCUCCUCCAAGCCCCUGGAGCCUCGGCGGGGCGUGGCGAGCGAGGGCAAUACCUUCAUCGGCCUGGACGCCGUGCGAGGCAUGCCUGUCCCGUUUGACAUCCAGCAGGCCCACAUCUACUGCGACCCGGAGAUGGUGAUGCAGGAAGGCUGCUGUGAGAUCUCGGCUGGCGGGUGCCUUUCCGAAGCCUCCAAAACCCGGCGGCAGGCAGAGGGCACGCAGAGCAACAACCUGAUUGAGAUCAACCCGCGGACGGAGGGCAAGGUCUACACCCGUUGCUUCUGCCUGGAGGAGACUCAGGAGGCGAAGGCAUCUGGGCAGGUCGGCGUGGAGGGCCAGCCAGGAGGAAAGGGCUACCGAGACCCACUUGGCGAGCCACACAAGCCAGCCAAUGAGUGCCCACCCUGUCCCCAGACAGCCCCGCACGCCAACGUCACGCUUGGUCCCCCCGGCCCCAAGGGGGGCAAAGGAGAACGCGGACUCCCUGGGACAUCCGGCUCGAAGGGGGAGAGAGGCGAGCGUGGCUUGGACUGCGUCCAGAGCUCCCCCGACGGCCCCUUGCAGUGCACAGAGGGGCUGAAGGGAGAGAAGGGGGAGCAAGGAGACCUGGGCCUAGCAGGAGCGACCGGAGCUGAUGGGCAGAAGGGGCAGAAAGGCGAGAAGGGAGAUGGAGGCGUCCAAGGGAAUCCCGGGAUGCCGGGGCGCGACGGCCGGCCUGGAGAGAUCUGUGUGGUGGGGCCGAAGGGGCAGAAGGGCGAUCCAGGGUUCGUUGGACCCGAGGGGCUAGCCGGUGAGCCAGGCCCCCCGGGGUCACCAGGUCCUCCAGGGAGAGGACUUCCAGGGAAAACAGGUGACCCCGGUGGCCCCCCAGGUCCUAAAGGAGAAAAAGGUAGCUCCGGAUCUCCUGGACCCGGAGGUUCAACGGGGAAGCCCGGCAAGCCAGGGGUCCCAGGCCUGAAGGGAGACAAGGGGGAUCCGUGCGAAGUUUGCCCCACCGUCUCUGAGGGGAUGACCCAUGCUAUCGGCCUCCCGGGAAAGCCGGGACCCAAAGGAGAGCCUGGAGUGCCGGGGAAAGCGGGGCUCUCGGACAAGGCAGGGCUCCCCGGACCCAAAGGCGACAGGGGAGACCCUGGAAUCAAUGGAAUAAAAGGAGAGAAGGGAGCCCCCUGCGUGUCAUGCAAUCCUGUCGCUCUCGCCUCCAUGCUGCAGAGCUCCGACCAGCUCCCGGGGAAGGAGGGGCCCAAAGGGGAGCCAGGGUCCCCAGGGAUCGGGCUGCCUGGGCUGCCGGGUAAAGCCGGGGUCCCUGGGCUGGCCGGAGCCAAGGGGCAGCAGGGGGAGGUCGGAAAGACAGGAUCCGCCGGCAAACCUGGGAUUCCAGGUGACAGAGGGAACACUGGGCCUGCAGGAUUGAAAGGAGAGAAGGGAGAGCCGUGUGGCCAGUGCCUUGCUCCUCCAGAGGCGCUCGAAGGGGAGGCGAUCGGGGUGUCCAUGCCUGGUGCUCCGGGGGAGAAGGGUGAGCCAGGCCUGCCCGGCACUGGGGCGCCCGGCAGAAUGGGCAAAGCUGGGGAGCCUGGACUGAAAGGACAGAAGGGCGAUGCAGGAAAUCCAGGGGACCCUGGCACACCGGGCUCAGUGGGGCUGCCGGGGCUUUCGGGUGACCCCGGCAUCAGGGGUCCGACAGGGCCAAAAGGUGAAAAGGGAGAUGCCUGCGACACCUGCCCCACCCUCCAAGGGGAGUUCUCAGACGUGGUUGGGGUGCCAGGAAAACCCGGAGCCAAAGGGGACCGUGGACCGUUGGGUGUUGGACAGCCUGGGAAACCCGGUAAACCUGGACUCCCUGGGAUUCAGGGGCCCCCCGGUCUGAAGGGGCUGCAGGGUGAGCCAGGCCCCCCUGGGAUCGGCGCCCAGGGUCUGCAGGGGGAGCCCGGGGAGACAGGCCCACCUGGGAAUAUUGGACACCCUGGACCUCGAGGGCCGGUAGGAGCCGUGGGAGAGAAAGGCGCCAAGGGAUCCCCUGGCCUUAAAGGGGAGGAGGGUCCUCCCGGACCUCUGGGGAUGAGCAUCACUGGGCCACCGGGCCGCGAAGGGCAGCGGGGAAUGCCAGGGGUGCCUGGAUCCAAUGGGCUGAUGGGAGAGAAGGGGGCGCAGGGUGAGAAGGGGGACCCCGGCGAAUGCACCUGCCAGCCUGGCCCCCGCGUAGACCCCAACUACUCAGGGAUGCCGGGAGCCCCAGGACUGUGGAUCGGGACCUCCUGGCAGCCUCAGCCUGGCCCGCAGGGUCCACCAGGUGCCCCAGGACCGCCAGGCCCCCCAGGAGCUCCGGGGAGACAGGGCUUCCCAGGACACAAUGGUUUGCCAGGACUGCCUGGGCCAGCAGGAGAAGUGGGGCCGCUCUCUGUCGUAGCCGAGAGGAACAUCGAGGUGCUCAAGAACAUCUGCGGGGAUUGUGCCCAGGUGCAGACUGGCUCCCACACACCCAGCGGAGUCAAAGGGGAGAAGGGUGACCAGGGCAUGCCUGGCGCCCCCGGCGUAGACAACUGCGCGCGGUGCUUCGCUCAGUUCCCGAGAGCGGAGGAGCCCCGGGGUGACCAAGCGGAGAGCAAUGGUGACUGUGUUGGAGAGCCUGGGCUGCCGGGGAUCCCGGGCUUACCUGGAGAGAGGGGGGAACAGGGCACACCAGGGAUGAGAGGAUCUCCAGGGCCCCCUGGACCGACUGGCCCUCCAGGUUUUCCUGGAACGCCUGGCGCACCCGGAUUGCCUGGUCUCCAGGGCGAGCGUGGACCACCUGGGCUCACCGGCGCGAAAGGGGAACUGGGCCCUCCCGGUCAACCCGGAUACCCUGGUGCAAUGGGCCCCCCCGGGCUGCACGGCAUCAAAGGAGAACGAGGCUACUUGGGACCACCCGGAGAGAAGGGGGAAUCAGGCCCCCCUGGUUCCAAUGGCGUCCCAGGUCCUGCAGGGCCAGCGGGUCCAAGAGGAGAGCGCGGAGCCCAGGGCAACUCUGGGGAGAAAGGAGAUCAGGGAUUUCAGGGGCAACCAGGCUUCCCAGGGCCAGCCGGCCCUCCUGGUUUCCCAGGGAAAGCUGGACCGGCCGGGCUGCCAGGGCCCGCAGCAGAGAAGGGCAGUGAAGGGAUGCGUGGCCCCACAGGGAUGCCAGGGCCACUGGGGCCCCCAGGGCCUCCUGGAAUACAGGGCCCAGCAGGCUUGGAAGGACUGGAUGGGAAGGACGGGAAGCCAGGGGUGCGGGGCGACCCGGGUCCUUCAGGGCCCCCAGGGAUGAUGGGGAUUCCGGGCUUCAAGGGGAAACCUGGCCACCCGGGUCUCCCAGGCCAGAAGGGUGACUGUGGCAAACCCGGACCCCCCGGAAGCACAGGCCGGCCAGGGGCAGAGGGGGAACCUGGUCCGAUGGGACCCCAAGGCAGACAGGGCCCUCCGGGCCAUUUAGGUCCCCCAGGAAGCCCAGGCCAGCCGGGCCCAGCCGGAAUCACAGGAAUGGGACUGAAGGGCGAGAGGGGAUCUCCAGGGGAAAGAGGUCUCACAGGGAUGCCCGGGCAACCUGGGACCCCAGGCCACCCUGGACAACCCGGCGAGAUGGGCGCGGACGGAACAACUGGGAAAGAGGGCCCACCAGGGAAGCCUGGACCGUCAGGACCAGCUGGCCAGAAGGGUGAAGCUGGCACUGCAGGGGAGAGAGGGCAUCCUGGUGAGAAAGGGAGAGCUGGCAUGCCUGGAGGACCAGGGAAAAGUGGCUCCAUGGGCCCUGUGGGACCACGUGGCUCUCCAGGAGAGAGAGGCCACCCGGGCUCCCCAGGACCUGCCGGCAGCCCGGGGACACCAGGACUCCCAGGCACAAUGGGAGACAUGGUGAAUUACGACGAAAUCAAGCGGUUCAUCCGGCAAGAGCUGAACAAAAUGUUUGACGAGAGGAUGGCGUACUAUGCCUCCAGGAUGCAGUUCCCGGUGGAGAUGGCUGCCUCCCCAGGACGACCAGGUCACCCUGGUAAAGAUGGAGCGCCAGGGCGGCCAGGGCCUCCUGGAUCCCCUGGGUUACCGGGACAGAUCGGGAGAGAAGGGCGGCAAGGUGUGCCAGGCAUGAGAGGUGAGCCAGGCACCAAAGGAGAAAAGGGAGAGAAAGGCAUUGGCCUUGCGGGAGAAAGCGGCCUGCCGGGGGCGCCCGGUCCACAAGGGCCACCAGGAUAUGGCAAGCUGGGUCCACCUGGACCUAUGGGGCAGCAAGGCAUCCCAGGCAUUCCUGGGCCACCAGGAGCUACAGGGCAGCCUGGAAAGACUGGGCAUUGUAACCCUUCAGAUUGCUUCAGCAUGAUGCCCCUUGAGCAGCCUAUGUACGAGCCCAAAAACAUGAAAGGACCCUUAGGCUGAGCGGACCUGUAGGGCAUUUUCACAAAGGAUUCCAUUGGGAAUGACCAAAGUUCGGCCCUCGCAACUGGCCGUGAAUGAUGUUUUUAUUGCUGUUAAUAUUUUUUUCUUUCGAUUUCCAGUGGGGUUAAGUCUCUCAUGAUGGCAUGUGUGUGUGUGUGUGUGUGUGUGUGUGUGUGUGUGUGUGUGUGUGAGCGUCUCUUCUUGUGUUUGUAAAGGGAAUUGGACGCUGCCAGCUGUGGUCAGCCAAAAUCCAUUUCAUGAUGGUGUCUCCGCUUAUCAUUGCCUUGGCCAAGUCCACACCUUCCUGUGUCUUCUCUAGCUUCUUCUGUCUUUUUAAUGAUUAGUCUUUCAAUAUCUGGUCAUCACCAGCACUUUGGGUACUGGGGCUGAAAAAGGGGGCAAGGCGAGGGAAGGAAGGGUAUUUUUAACUAUCACACUCCUGAGCAGCCUCAGGUGUUACGGGGUGGGAACUUCAGGCAAGAUUCCAGAUCCCACCUCCAUCGUUUGUGACAUACAUAUCCCCGUUCACAUGACUGAGACAACUCUCUCUCUGCCCCCACGUGCCUUUCGUGUGUUUUGCAGUGCAUGAUCUGCUACUCCUUUCAUUUGUAUCAUGCCAGCAUCACAUGUGCCAUCAGCCAUUUCCUUGUCCUGGUGCCAAUGUAGCUCUUGAAUUAGAGAGAGCUCCUGUACAAAAUCUUGGCCCUCAGCAUAGAGCCAUUAUAGGGAAAAACAAGACCAAGCAAGCUGAAGCACCAAGACGUUUUUCAGCAUCUGCAGCAGGCCUGUGUGCAUCUUCGCAUAGACAUAAAGCAGAGCACUCUGCACUCGUGCUGGCCUUUACAUUUUUGUUUGGUGGAAAAACAAGUGUCUAACCUAUACAUCACGCCAGGGUUGCUAAGUGCUAGACCGGUUUCCAAAUAUUAAAAUACAACGUCUGAGCAGUCAGUUACCACUUUUUGGCUCUGUAUGCAAAAGGGAGGGCUGUUUUCCUCCCUGAAGCAGGUUGAAUCUGGUGAGCAAACAGAAAAUAAUAAAACAUUCCUGCCCAA